UACAUCGUUGUUUAGAAGAUAUGGACAGAUUCAAUACUAAAUGGAACAGAACAGCAGAAAACACACUGAUUACGAUAACAUGUACUGGUGAAUACACAGGUACUGUGUCAAGAAAUUGUAGUAGCGCAGGAAUGUGGAGCGAACCGGAUUACACUCAGUGUAUGAGUAAAUCCAUGUAUAAUCUUAAGCAACAGUUGGACAAACUAUUAGCUGGAGACAGUGAAAUUCCACUUGUGAGUUCUAUCCUUGAAGAACUUGAAAACAUAACAAGUGCGAAUAAAGAAUUACGAACUGGAGAUCUAGUAACGGCUUCAGCUUUACUGGAAGACAUAGCCAAAUAUGUAACAAAUCAUACAGAUAAUAUUUCUGUUGAUCAGCUAGAGAAUUUUGGGGCGAUCUGUAAUAAUUUGCUAGAAGAAAAAUACUAUCAGUCAUGGGAAGAACUUAACGAUAAGGGUACAAGUGGUGUUACCGCAGUAGUAAAAGCAGUAACAGAGUAUACUAAUGUGUUUCAUAAUGUAUUGAGGGGGGAAUUCUCUAUGCUAGUAAAAAAGGAAAAUAUUGGUAUGAUUAUUCAAACUUGAGUAUAAUGCCCAUCAUGCUCAUAGUACUAUCAUCUUUUUAAAACUUUAAGCAACUCAAACUAGUUAAUAUGAUGUAUUUUGGUUAUUCACUACAUUGUUGGGUUCGCUAUAUGAGAAACAAAAUCAAAUCUGAUUUAUUUAUAUAUGCCUUACACACCGCUCCACAGGUUACAGGAAAAUUGAUUCCACUAAUGGAAAUUGAGGUAUACUAUAUAUGUAUGUGUUUGCAUCAAACAAU